GUGAAAGGAAAUCGGAUCCAACAUAUCGGGUCAAACCAUUUGGGUUAAAUGUUGAUUUUUUGAGCUUUUCUUCUCUGCCCUAGUGGUUUUCUCUGCAGAAAUUUCUUGCUGGAUAAUAGCAUGGCGUUGUUAUUCAAGGAUCCGUCGAAGCUUUCGGCGUAUCGAGACCGAAGAUUUCCCGGAACGCAAGAGGAUUUUGAGCAUGCCCUUCAGACUUCAUCCACGGUUUACGUUGGGAACAUGUCCUUUUACACAACGGAGGAGCAAGUUUACGAACUCUUCUCUCGCGCUGGGGAAAUCAAGAAGAUCAUUAUGGGUUUGGACAAGAACACCAAAACACCCUGUGGCUUCUGUUUCGUUUUAUAUUAUUCUCGUGAAGAUACUGAGGAUGCUUGCAAAUACAUAAGUGGGACGAUACUGGAUGAUCGUCUUAUUCGUGUUGAUUUUGAUUGGGGGUUCCAGGAUGGAAGACAAUGGGGUCGUGGGAGGAGUGGUGGCCAGGUCCGGGACGAGUAUCGUACUGAUUAUGAUCCUGGUAGAGGAGGUUAUGGGAAGCUGGUCCAGAAAGAGUUAGAAGUACAAAGGCAGCUUGUAGAUUAUGGCACUGGUUCUUUGGGUUCCUUUCCACCAGUUAUUCCUAGUUCCUAUGGUAGACACGGUGGAGGUCAUGGGCAUGGACACGGUCAUGGUGGUUCUCAUCGGCACGGUAGAGAUUACUAUAGAAAGAGACACCGAGAUGAUGAUCGCCACACACACGAGUCCUCAAAAAGAACUUCAGAUCACGAUUCUCGGAGGAACACUGAUCAUGAAUCUAGACCGGAAAAAAAUCCACGGUUUCGUGAGAGUGGUGAUUCUGAUGAUGAGGAGGAAGAUGAUAGAAAAAGACGGGCUUAACCAGAAUUUCAUACUUGGUCAUGUUUUUUUAAAUUAUAACCUUCUUCUGACAUGAUUAUAAAUAUGUAUGUUGUCGUAUAUUACUUGUUACAAAUUGCAAAGGUCUUGUUAAUUUAACCCUACUUGACAUUCUAAGCUUGGCAAUGCUAUUUUGUGUUUUCUAUCAA